UUUUCAGAAAAUUAAAAAUGGCGUAAGGCGGAAGUGAUCGAAAAAUCGAAAAAUAUUGAUUUUAAGGCAAAAUUCUCUUCGUUUGAUAGAAUUUCCGACAUUUUACUAUGGGGAAAAGAAAGCGAGGGGCCACAUCUUGUCAGGAGGACAGUGAGAUGUCUGAAGAAGAAACCACACCUCGAGUAACACGCAGAUCAGCAGGUGCUGGUGGUAGCGCUGUGUCAGCUGUGCCAGGAAAGAGGAGGAAGCUAUCAGAGUCUGCAAACAAUGCCGAGUCUGAGUCUGAAUCAGAGGCGGAGGAGGACUUGUCAGUGACGCCGAGGACCACAAGGUCCAAGGCUAAAGACUCCCCUACAGCGGAUAAAUCAAAGGACAACAAAAAACCUGUGAAAACACUAGAGGGUGUGGCUGAAUCUGAUACAACAAAAAACAGAUCUGUGGAUAAAGUUGACAGUGAUACUGAUGAAAGUAAGGGCAAAACAAAGACCAAAUCAGGAGCAAAAGAAAAAGCUAGUGAUAAGAAUUCCAAUGAUAGUGAAAGACCCAAAGGUAAAUUGGGGAAGAACUCAAAAAGUGGUAAAGGCGGGAAGGCUGGUAAGGGGAAAUCCAAACACAAGCCCGGGAAAACUGUGGAGGAAAAUGAGGCGGAUGAAGACUCACCGCUGUCUGUAUGGGGAGAGAAGAGGCCUACACCAUCCAUGGACUACAAUGAGACAAAUGCCAAAUGUCCACUACCUGGCUGUGACUCUAGAGGCCAUCUGACUGGGAAACACGAGAGCCAUCGGACGUUGUCUGCCUGCCCCCUCUACCAUAACACCACUGCUGAUGAGUGCAAGAAUCGUUAUGAUGACCGACAGAAGGGUGUCGAGGAUCGGCAGGCAUUUAUAAAUGGACUGACAGACAGAAAAGGGCUGAGAAAGCAGCAUGCCAAUGAUGAUCAAAAAGUGCGGAAAGACGCGAUUGUGAAGGCACGCAGUGAGGUUCCUGAGAUUACGGAGGAAUUGAUCAAAGAGCAUCAUGAACACACUCAGAAAUAUGAGAAAUCUCGACAGCCUGUCCUGAAGGGGCUCGCGUCCAAGUUUGACCUAAAGCUGUUCCAGGACGCCCAAGCUAGAGCUUGUGAACAAAGGGAGCAUGAGAUGAGCGUCCACUACGAGCGGUUUGACAACCAGGAGUACCGGAUACGUCAGCUGGAGAUCGGGCGUUACGAGAUUUCCACUUGGUACUCGAGCCCAUAUCCAGAUGAGUACGCCCGCCUGCCCAAGAUCUACCUGUGCGAGUUCUGUCUAAAGUACAUGAAGACGGCAACCAUUCUCCGCAGACAUGUGGCGAAGUGUGUAUGGAGACAUCCACCGGGUGAUGAAAUCUACAGGAAAAACAACAUAUCCAUGUUUGAAGUAGAUGGCAAGAAGAACAAGGUGUACUGUCAGAACCUGUGUCUGCUGGCAAAGCUGUUCCUGGACCACAAGACCCUGUAUUUUGACGUGGAGCCCUUCCUCUUCUAUGUGAUGACAGAGAAUGAUACACACGGCUGUCACAUCCUCGGAUACUUCUCAAAGGAGAAGAAUUCCUUCCUGAACUACAAUGUGUCAUGUAUUCUUACCUUACCCCAGUACAUGCGGAAGGGCUAUGGCAAGAUGUUGAUUGACUUCAGUUACCUGUUGAGCAAGGCGGAGAGCAAGAUUGGUUCCCCAGAGCGCCCCCUGUCUGACCUUGGCCUGCUUAGUUACCGUAGUUACUGGAAGGAGGUUCUCCUUGAGUACCUGCACAAGUACAGCGGGGCAGAGUUCUGCAUCAAAGAUGUAAGCCAGGAGACAGCCAUCAAUGCUAACGACAUCGUGAGCACGCUACAGGCCCUUGGCAUGCUGAAAUACUGGAAGGGAAAACAUCUCGUACUGAAACGACAGGAUCUGAUCGAUGAUUAUCUGGCAAGACGGGCGAAGCGUCCAGCAGACCACAGGGACAUUGACUCCACCCACCUGAAGUGGACCCCCCACAACAAGCGUCUCGCCCAACCUACCAGUCAGCCUGCAUAGAGAGGGGGAUUGGACAUUAUUGUCUGGCAAGAGGGGGGCAUCAAACACUGUGAAAGUUGAUUGCAGACUUCAAGUUUCGGAAAUUUUGUUUUACAAGUUAUUCCUUGGGAAGAAAAUUGGCAAUCAUAUAAGCUAUGUUCUCUGUUGGACAGUUUCUGGACUCGCAUAAAUCCGGAUAAUAGGGCAUACGUGUACAUGUACUUAUACUGAUGUAGAUAUUUAUAGACUUGGUGUAAUCUGAACAAAUUCAGGUAUAGCUCGUAAAAAAAUACAGAAUGGCUUAUAAGCUUCAAAGGAUGGAGUGGUGUUUCACAAAUCACAUGAAUUCUAUAAAGGAGAUUUACAUAGACAAUGAAAUGUUGGAUUUACAUUACUAUGUCAUUCCUUUAUGAUGAACUUAUAAAAUAGAAAGGAUACUGUUCAGUUGUUAAAAUGUUGUUUAAUAGCCUAAGCUGUACAGAAAUAUCAUGUCUGACAUAAUAAUCACUUAAUCAGUGCUCCAGCCAGGAUAUUAAAAUGACAGGAUGCUAGGUCAAAAAGGGCACUUGAUGCACAUUGAAUGAGCUGUAAUGGGGCACUUUGAAAGGCUUAUGUUCAAUUGAUAUUGUACACAUGUGUUGUAACUACUUUCAAUACUAAUAGUUUGUUAUGAAUACUUUAGCUGUUAUCUUUACUUAUUAAAGUGUCAAAAUUAUGCAUAUUUAUUAUUUUUUUAUUUUAUCUGAAAAUUGACCCAUGUCAAACAAAGUUAAGUAAAAAGGCAGCAGGAUGCUGGAAAAGGGCAGCGAGAAGCCCCACUCUGCUAUUUAGGCCUAGGUGGAGCACUGAUGUCAUUUAUGGAGAUGUAUGUCAAGUGAUUAAGAUGGAUUUGACCAAUGAUAUGAUUCUUGAAAAGGAAAGAAAUUAUUAUGUGUAGAUUGCAAGAUGUGUUAUCUGUUCGAAUUGAAUCUGAGAAAUUAAUGUCUAUUUACUAUAAUAUGAUUAUUGGUAAUUACAGUAAUUUCAAUACAAGGCUACCAUUAAAGAAAGAUUUAAAGUAACUAUAUUUCUUACUAGAAAUGGGAUUCAACUUCCAAAAUUUGGUCCUCGGCAGUAAAGAAACUUCCAACAAUUAAAAUCAAACUUCCUUGUUCAAACUUCCUUGACAAAGUAAUAUUAAUGCCACACCUUAAAAAAGGGUUGAACUAAAAUAAAAUUAUUUGAAUAUAAUUAUGUUGAGUCGGCAUUGUUUAGUAGAUGAUUAUUUUAUUUUUCAUCAGAAUAAUUGUACAAUAAUGGCUAUGGAGAAAUAUUUAGUGUUAGGGAGACUUAAACUUCCAAAACUGAUGGCAAGUAAGUUCCCGUUUACAAUAUCAAACUCUUAAUGGAUGUCCUGUCAAUAGAUCAUCAAGGAUUGUAGAUGCACUAAGCAACAUUAGCAUGAUGUCUUUGAAAUGUCUGUUUACCUGUAUGUUAAUGAGUAAACUAAACAUUCUUUUCUCGUGACCAAACCAAUUGGGAACAGAACAAUUUUAAACAAAACAGAAGCAACGAAAUCUGCUUUUCAUUGCUUUCCAUUAGUUUUAUCUUAACUAUUUUUUAAAAUUAUGCAACGUUUUGUUGUGUGAUUGUUACAUAUUUUUGUUUGUUUUAUGCUAAAAUUUUACAGAAAUGUCAUUUUAUAUUGCAUUAAUUGAAAAUUUGUGUGUAAAAACAUAAUGUUGUGACAUCAUUUUGAUGACAUCAAUUUAAAACAAUUCUGAACAGCAUAGUAAACCAUACCCCACUUUUCAUAAAAAAUACUGGAAAAAAAGUCUUAACAAGAGCUGUGAAAAUAACAAUUUUGAUACUUUUACUACAGUGACAAUAACAACAGUGAAAAUAACUUGAUAUUUCACUAAAAUGCAUAAAUGAAUAUACAUUUCUUGUAUAUAUGCUCUUGUAAACUUAAAGUAAACCUGGUGCAUUUAGAAUAAUUCAAAUAUGUACGAACAAGGCAGAAAUCUUAUUGGAUAAAUCAAUGAUGAUACAAUUUCAUUGUCUUUUGAUAAAAAAAUACAUUAGUGCUGUCAAGAUUUAUGACAUUAUUGAUAUGAUGCUGAAAUAGGAUAACGAUUGCCUUGAAUAAUUACCUACCUAAGUUAAACAAAAGAUUAUUUUGAGACUUGAAUAUAUCAACAUGUAAUUGUUUUAAUGGGUUAUCAUAUGACUAGAAAAUCUCUUAAUUGGUUUGACAAUUAUGAUGAGUUAAAUAAGGGUUGUUCCCUUUCAUGUUAUUCAUCAUGUAAUAAAAGUGUUAAAAAUAAAAGGGAAAUUUGCUUCCUUACUACUGUCAUUUUUGUAUGCAUUGUAUAUUGAAAUGAUUACUGUAUCAAUUACCAUUAUAAGAGAAUAAACAAACUUUACCAAAGCAAGUCAUUACUAAGAACAUAAAUAAACUUUACCAUGGCAAGUCAUUGCUAAGAACAUAAAUAAACUUUACCAUGGCAAGUCAUUGCUAAGAACAUAAAUAAACUUGACCAUGGCAAGUCAUUGCUAAGAACAUAAAUAAACUUUAAGAGAGCAAGUCAUUGCUAAGAACAUAAAUAAACUUUAAGAGAGCAAGUCAUUGCUAAGAACAUAAAUAAACUUUACCAAAGCAAGUCAUUGCUAAGAACAUAGAUAAACUUGACCAAAGCAAGUCAUUGCUUAGAACAUAGAUACACUUGACCAAAGCAAGUCAUUGCUAAGAACAUGGAUAAACUUUACCAAAGCAAGUCAUUGCUAAAAACAUUGAUAAACUUUACCAAAGCAAGUCAUUGCUAAAAACAUUGAUAAACUUUACCAAAGCAAGUCAUUGCUAAGAACAUAGAUAAACUUUACCAAAGCAAGUCAUUGCUAAGAACAUAGAUAAACUUUACCAAAGCAAGUCAUUGCUAAGAACAUAAAUAAACAUUACCGUUGCCAAUCAUGUCUAAGAACAUAAAUACGCAUAACCAACGCAAGAAGCAAAACUAUUGUUGUAUUUUCUGAAUUCCAUGUUCAGAUAUUCAUAUGUAUAUCAGUAUGUUAUGCUUUCCAGCUGUUUCUAUUUUCCAUUAAAUCAUGUACUUUUUGAAAAACAACAAACUAAUAGAAAAGAUCCUUCCAUCAUACUGCACCUGGUGGUGUCAUCCAAGUGUGUUCUUCGUCUUUGUUUUAUUUAUUUGUUACAAUUUCCUCCUCCAAUGUUGUUUUUCACUCAUUCAAAUAAAAUGUUGAAGUCUU